UUCUGGUUGGCUCGUUGGCUGUUUGUUGCCUGUUUGGCUUGGAGUUGUGUCGUGUGAAUUCUGUGUGACUUACUAUGUACACAUUGAGUGAAUUAUAUCAUAAAUGUACCAAAUUACAUGCGGAUUGAUUCUUGGUGUAAUUAUUACUCCAUAUCAGGGAUGAAUGAGUUGAGUUUGUGUCAUUAAUUAUCGAAAUACUUGUUAUCUUGUAUGGCCAGAACAUUACAUCCAGAGUCAUGGAGUUAGACUACGAUGGUUUAACAUAGUUAUCAGAGGUUUAAUACCUCUUGAGAAUAGUAUUUUGUUACAGAAGAUGGAUCAGAAGAAAAGUCCGAACAGAAGGACUAAACGCCAGGCCAAAGUACUCGAAGAAAAUUAUUGGGAUUGCAGUGUGUGUACUUACAGAAAUACUGCUGAAGCAUUCAAGUGUCUGAUGUGUGACGUACGCAAAGGAACAUCUACCAGAAAACCACGCAUCAACCCGCAGUUGGUUGCACAGCAGGUUGCUCAGCAAUACUCUCCGAUUCCUAACAAAACCUACAAAAAGGAGGGACACAAAGACAAAUCGGAGAAGAAGCAGUCAAAUCACAGUAAUCACAGGUCUGGAAAAAAAUCCUGGUUCACCCCAAGACUGAAAAAUGUAGAUAGAAGCUCUGCUCAAACUCGAGAAGUGACCGUGAAUAAUGUGACUGUAGUUAUCACGGAAUACAAGCCCAAAGCAAAAAAGACACUCUCCGACCAAUCUAGUACUACGUCAUCGGAAAAUGGAAGCCACUCUGAAUCAAGUACUGAUGCAAGAAGUAAUGACCUUGGUACAGACUCAAGAAGUUCGUAAUUCGCUUUCGGCAACGUCUAGUGUUUUUCAGUGUCACACUCCAGGUCCACAGUAUGUAAAUAUGAAAACUCAUCACAUCACAUUAUUUUGCUAUUUUGUAAAUUGUUCCCUCGAUCUAUCCUCAACUAGAGAACGAUUUUCUUUAUAAUUCCCCUAGACGGGGAUAAUUUACACCACAAACCAUCAACAUAAAAUAAUUCUAUAAUUUGUCUUUAAUAACGUUUUCAAGUGUGACUUAUUGCAUUUUCUGAGAAAGUUCACAUUGAAAACAUUAAAAGUUCACAAUAAUUCAAUAUGCAGUGCAUCCGUUGAACUGAUAUUCAAAUAUUUGAGAUAUAUAUAAGUUACCAUUACAUUACUUUUCGACUGCAAAAUUACAACUGGUUUGUUACUCACAUUUGACAGUGUACAUUGAGAAAUAUCAUUCCAAACAUGUUAGCUAGAAAUUAAUUUCUACGUAGAAAAUUGUUUUACAAAAAUGAUGAGAUAUUUUUGUAUUGCUUCGUUAUCAUUAUAGUCGUGGACAGUGGUAUUAAUGGAUCGCCGGAUAGCAGCUAUUCAAUGUUUUUCUUGCAGUUAUCGACCUCUCCCCCACUUCUAUGCUAUUUUACAUUUCAACCAAACAUAGACAUUUAUUUCGGUUUGUCCAUGUUGAGAAACUUGCUUAUUCACAAAGUUAUCAGUCAAUUUGCACUUGAGAAUGAUUAUUAUUGAUCCAAUAAUAAUUGAACAAUAUUAAUUUUAAAUGGCAAUUUUAGAAUAAGUUAUGGAUCUCAAUAUUACGGCGAGACAGUAAUAAUACUUUAUUCGCAAAAAUAAAAUAAUUUCACAAUAAAUAAAUUAAGUACAUUUAAAAGUAAUAAUGGAUUAAUAAGUUCUCACAACCAACUAAGCGAACUUGUGCGCUAGCUGUGAGUUCAUUUUCAAUCAUGAAGCAGACAAAUUGCGAAUGCUUGUGAAACAAAACACAUGCUUGAAAAAUGAUGAAAAUUAUUAACAAUAAGAAUUAGUAAAAUAGCAGUUGUGAUCAUAAAGGCAGAUCAAAAUGUCUCAUCCAUCUAUAAAUAAAAAAUAAACAGAAUCAAUUCUGAAUAAAAUAAUCACUAAUCUGACAACAGUCUUAUCAUAAUAACAAAGUUAUUAACUUUGUUAUUGUGAUAUAAAUGAUUGACAAUUGGUUGAUAUAUGAGAAUAAUCUUGUUAUUACAGAUUUUUUAAAUUGUUUCUAUUCAUGAUAGAAAUGAAUGUCAAGAAGCUUCUCACUUAUUGGGGAGAGUGUUAAUAUUGACCAAUGCCAAUAGGUUUGUGAAUGUCAAAAUACUGCUGUCCACGACUAAAAUAGCUAUUACUUUUAACGAUUAGUUAAUAAUGUGAGUCGAGUAUUUUCAAUUUAGGUUGAAUUUGUGUGUUGGGAAUUUUAAGACCACAAUAUAAAUGGAUGAAUUAUUAGUUUCUAUUCAGUUUGGAUGUGAAUUAUUUGUCCAGGAAAAUUAAGUUAAAAACAUUUGGAAUGAAUUAGUCCUAGGUUCUUUAUUUGUUUUAAUUUUGAGUGUGUCUAAGACUACAAUAGUUUGUAGUCGAUAAUAAUUACUAUUAUCGACAUAAUAAUGACUCGAUAUGGGUUGGAGUUACUCGUAUAUAAAUUAUAUGUCUAUAAUGGUAAUCAUAUUGGGAUAGCGUUAUUUGUAUCUAUCCUUUUGUCAUAACAAGGGUAUUAUAACAAUAUAAUAUCGAUUACUGUAAUCUCAUUUUCUAUGGUAAAAUCAAGUUUCUUAGAUUCAGCAUUAUUUUGGCUUGGAUCAACUGUGGGUUUCAAUUCAAUUGAUAAAUCUAAUUUCAUUUCCGUUGCUAUCUUCUACUGUUAGCAUAUACUGAUUGAGGUGAAAUAAAUUGAAUUGAAUUGAGUUGUGAGUAAGUUAGGGAAAUUUCAAUUUUUCAUCAUUUCUCUUUCCUGGUAUGUUACAACCUAUUGAUAUUAAUUUAGAAAUCACCUCUUUAUUGAAUCGUAUUCUAGAAAUCUUUACUGUGAUUAUAAUCUGACAUCUAUGCCAGUAUGACCUUUUCAAUAACUUCUGGUUAAAUCAUCAUUUUAAUUUGAGAUUUUAUCCUACCCGGUAUACCUUCAAAACAAACGAGCAUUUUUAUAUUAUUUUUCCUUCUCUACUUCCUUCGCUUUCUUAAUCCAUGCUCCUUUCAUCUAAUUAUUCUAUCAGAGGAAGCUUCGCAUAACAAUAUUAAAAUACACAUACAUACAUAUCCGUGUACCGUUCCAGCUAGUGCCGGGUCUGGGUAAGAACAAUGUCUCUCCACCUUCCUCGGUCUUCCCACAAUGGCUCGUCCUCAACCUGUCGCCAUCUGUAUCCUCUCUUCUCCACUUCGUUGACCACGGUGACUUUCCAUCGUCCUCUUGGUCUCCUUCCUUCAAUCAUCAUCUCUUCCAUUUUCUUUGGCGGCCGAUCCUCUCCCAUUCUCUUCACAAGCGUCUCAUGCUUUCUAUCUUUCCCCCCUUAUGCUUUCCAUUUUCAGUUCUCUUCUAAUCUCAUUCCUAAUUCUGUCUCUACGUGUCUUUCCACCCUAUGUUCUUAAUCUGCAUUUAUAUCGCCUACUCCCCUAUUAUCCGUCUAUACAGGGGGCUCCGCUCCCUGGACCCCCAGCUAAAUCAUAAGAGAUCAUACCAGAAGUAAGAUCAGCAGCAAUUUUCAUUUGAGCUUGCUUUUUCCCACCAAAAAGUGAAUAGAGACUUUCAGGCUCGAUUCAAUCACCAGUUUUCUUUGAAUUAUGUAACGCACGGUUGCAAAAAUAUUCAUUUUUAUAAGAAUUAAUAACUAGUAGCUCUGUGAACAGUAGACCUCACGCAGUUUUCUCAUCCACGAGUAUCUGAUGUCACCUG